UAGUUUUAAAAUUUUAUGAUUAGGCUAUAUAUAUAUAUAUUUUUUUUCAUCUAAAUCUAAGUACUAACAUUAUAAUUUAUACAUUUGUUAACGUCGGGCAGCAAUAGAAAUGAAUAAGAAAGAAAGUAUAUUCUUAAAGGUUUUGAAUUUGCCAAUCGGAGGAUGUCGUUCUCAAAAUCCUCUACAAUUGUUUGACGUUUCUAAAGAUAGUAAAGACUUAGUUCAACGAUUAUGUCUUCAAACUAAAUUACCAGUGCAUAAUGGUUGUGUAAACACAAUUUGCUGGAAUGACACUGGCUACUACUUACUUUCAGGGUCAGAUGACCAUCAUCUAAGCAUCACCCAUGGAUACACUCACAAGGUUUUGGCUUCCAUACGGACAGGCCACAGAGCUAAUAUUUUUAGUGCAAAGUUUUUGCCGAACACAAGUGAUCACAGAGUAGUAUCCUGUUCAGGAGAUGGAGUAAUAAUUUUUUCUGAAGUUGAGAAUCCUUCCACAAGUGUCAAUAAUGCCUUUAAUUGCCAUUUUGGAACUGUCUAUGAGAUCCAGACUGUUCCAAAUGAUCCCAACACAUUUCUCUCAUGUGGUGAAGAUGGAACUGUACGUUGGUUUGACUUGCGUUUGAAGACUAGUUGUUCUGCAGAAGAAUGUAAAGAGGAUAUUCUGAUCAACUGCCGGUGUUCUGUGACCUCUUUAGCAGUCAGUCCAUUAACACCUUAUUACUUAGGUGUUGGUUGCUCUGAUGGUACAGCCAGAAUCUUUGACAGAAGAAUGUUAGGCACCAGAGCUACAGGUAGUUUCACUGGUGAAGGUAUACAAGCUGUUAUAUCCCGGUUUACUGUUCCAGAGUUUGGAGGUCGCAGUCAUCGCAUCACUUCUUUAUCAUAUAGCCCAGAUGGUCAGGAAAUGCUUGUUAGCUAUUCUUCUGAUUAUGUAUAUUUAUUUGAUGUUCAGGGUGACAACGGAAGAGAGAUGAAAGUUCUCAGUAAAUCUGUUGAAGAGAAGUCAUCACCAUCAACAGGCACACGUGCCAAAAGCUCAAUUAGCCAGUCAGCAAUGAAACGAGUAAGAGUGCGAGGUGAUUGGUCAGACACUGGACCAAAUGCUAGACCUGAAAGUGAAUUGAGGACUGAACAACAGGGUCAACAGCAAGCUCAGCCUGAACAGCAACCUCACACUCUUCAUGCAAGUCUUAUGCAGAGGAUGUCUGAUGUUUUGACAAGAAUGUUCAAUAACCCUACUCGAUCCCGUAGUAGGUCAAGCAAUAACCAUGCUGAUCAUCAAGCAGAGCCUUCAAGCUCAGGAGUUAGUAGACCUAUUUCUGAAGAUGUGCAGCACAUGGAGCAAGAGGAAUCAAAUGAUGAUGAAGUUACUGAACAGAGAGAGGAAACACAGAUAGGUUCAGAUCUAACUCAAGAAGCAGCAGAUGCCAAGUCUGUCGCACUAUCAUUGGACUUCAGUGAUCUGGAACCCUCAAGUAGCUUGUCAGACUCUUCAUGUGUUAAAGUUGGUGUUGCCCAGUCUGAAUCUAUAUCUAGUGAUAAUAUUGAUAACCGAAGGUUAGAUUCGUCCUUUUCAAAGAAACUUGUAGUAGAAAAGAGUAAUGACACUUGUUUGUCAAUUGAGACAGAAGCUACUUCUCAAGCCAAUGAAAAUAGAAUAAUCGCUCCAACAGCUGUUAAUCGAGGUAGUUUUUCUGAGAGUAACACUAGUGCUGCUGUGUUCAAAGAUAACGAUCAAGAUCCUACAGUAGAGAGUAGCACUAGUACUGCUGAAAUGACAAUAAAUGAUCAAGAUUCCUCAGUAGAUAGUGGCACUAGUACUGCUGCAAUGACAAUAAAUGAUCAAGAUUCCUCAGUAGAUAGUGGCACUAGUACUGCUGCAAUGACAAUUAAUGAUCAAGAUUCCUCAGUAGAUAGUGGCACUAGUACUGUUGUGUUGGUAAUACAUGAUCAAGAGCCUUCAUUAGAGAGUAGCACUAGUACUGCUGCAUUGGCAAUAAAUGAUAAUCCUUCAAUUGAGAGUUUUACUUGUCCAGCUGCACUGGCAGUAAAUGAUCAAGAGAUCUCAGUAGAGAGUAGCGCUAGUGCUAUUGCAUUAACAGCUAAAGAUCACGAUCCAUCAUUAGAGUGUAGCACUGGUGCUAUUGCAUUGAAAGUUAAAAAACAUUCACCAGAAGGUAUGGUUAGUAUGACUACACCAACAGUUCACUUUAAUAGUAUCACUUCAGAUUGUAUAAGUAAGGGUCAAGAUGCAUCCCAAGAUGGUGGAAUUAAAGAAGAAGAAGGUUCAGGGAAAGUUGUUUUGGAAGAAAAUAUGCAAAGUUUGAAAAAAGAACUAUCUAAUCGACGUAAAGUGUUUUUAGAGACGCAUAACAUUGAACCCGUGGUCAAUCUUCACUUCAGUGGACAGGGGGUUAACAGUGGGCUCAUCACUAUGGCUGUAUCGAAUGCUAGUGAAAGAGAGUUGUCAAAUUCUUCUGUGAAACCUAGCAGUGCUCAGUGUUCAACCCAGAAACCACUUUUGAGUAGGAGAGAACAGGAUGAUGGUUGUGAAAUGGGUUCUUCUGUUGAUAUUAUUCACCCAAGGAUUUGUAAAGUUUCUGAAAAUCAGAGCAGACAGCAUCAGGGUAUUUCAUAUACUGGGGAAAGAAGUACAACUCAUGAAGGCAUGGGAACAUGGAACAAAGACAUUCAAACAGAUUUGAAGCAAAUGGGUAAAAGAAAUGAUGAAGAAAGCACUAUAGAUGCUACAUUUACUGCUGAAGGGGAUGACAGUAAUAGAGAAGAACAUGAUUACAUCCACAGUACAACUGAAUCAUCUACUGUCAGAUCUGUAGUUGAAGUAGUAACACAAGAUGAUGGACUAGCAUUAAGCAGGAAUAAUGAGCUUACUAGUAAAACAACCACAGAUGGAUUAGUUAUGGAAGAAUCAGAAACAGAUAGAGUAACAUCUGUUGCUGUGUCAUCCACAGAAGAUGAACAGAGAGAGAGAAGCAGUAGACCCGAGGGUGAAAAUCACCAACAAGAUGAUGAUGAUCCUCUGAUGAUGGAAGUAGAGAGCUGGGAUGUUGACACCAGCAGUGAUGAUGAUGAUGGGCGAAUUUCUUCACCAAGAAGCCAAAGGAAUAGAGAAAUUCCUGAAAGAAUACUCCAGUCUGUUGAUGAUGAGCUUCGGCUUCAGCAGGAAGAAGAGGAGCUGGAUAAAACUGAGAUGAUGAAUGUGCCUCAGCCUGCUAUCAAACAAAGGUUUACAGGACAUAGGAAUGCCCGUACCAUGAUUAAAGAAGCAGCAUUUUGGGGAAACAAUUUUGUGAUGAGUGGUUCAGAUUGUGGUCAUAUAUUUACAUGGGAUAGACAUUCUUCUGAGUUAGUCAUGAUCAUGGAAGCUGACCAUCAUGUGGUUAACUGUUUACAACCACAUCCCUUUGAUCCAAUUUUAGCAUCUAGUGGAAUUGACUAUGAUAUCAAGCUGUGGGCUCCAGUUCGAGAGGAACCAUUUUUUGACCAGGAAAAAGCUAAGGAGAUUAUGAGACGUAACGAAAUUAUGUUAGAAGAAACAAAAGACACAAUCACAGUACCUGCAUCCUUUAUGAUUAGGAUGCUAGCAUCUUUGAAUCAGCUCAGAUCAGGAGGUGGGUUGUCAGGAUGGAGACGAGCAGCACGUCACAGCAGAGAGGAGUCAGAAGAUAGUACUCAGUAGUUGCACAUCUUAUCUGUUGACUUGCACGCUUAACUAUUUUUUUUAGUUGACUGAGUGAUAACAGAUUAGUGAGAAAUUAUUGUGAAUAAAAAAAUAUAUUCUCGUAUAUAUGUUUAUGGUAAACAUAUGUCUAUAACUGUGUGAAAUGAGUUUUUUAAAUGUUUUCUUUCUAAAAAUACUUCAGUAACAUCCACAUUUAUAUCUGAAACAUUUUGCUUCUAACUUCAAUUUUUUGUGUUUAACCUUCUUGUUUUUAGAUAAAUGUAGUACUUAUGUUUAAACACUGUAAUAUCUAUUGCAUUCAAGUCAGACUUUACAAGGAAUUGGUUAAAUCUGUAUAUAAUUAAACCAUUUCAGUCUUCUGUAGAAAUAUGAAUUCUCUCUCCUUAUUCUAAUUACAGAUAUCUAAAAUAUACAAUUUUAAGACUGUAAAAACUAAAAAAAAAUAUUCUUUCAAUUAUUAUUUGUAUGUAUUGACAAUUGUAGGAAAUACUAAGGAAAUGGAUUUUAUCUUGUAUAGUUUGCAUUUUUAAAUAGCUAUAUCACAAAGGUCUUGUAUCUAAGUUUAAAGUUAUUUAAAAAAGAUUUAACUUUCAAGUUGGUGGCUCAGAAAUUAUACAAGAAAGAUCUUGCAGAAGUUAAUUAAAAUAUAAAUACAGAAUUUCUAAGUAAAUUUAACAGGGCAAUAACAUCUCAACUAGAAAGUUUUAUUACAAUUAACUUUCGACACCAAGUGAUUAUGGCCGUACCAAAUUAAAGCUAACAAACCAGUUUAUCAACUUAAAAGCAUGGGUUUAAAAAGCAAAUACUUUGCAUAGAAACUAAAGAAAAAUUGUGUGUAGAUUUUCUACCAGUUCAAGAAAUAUUGUUGAUUUUACUUAAAGGUUACGUUGGUGGGGGAAAAAAAAGUCUACCAACUCUAGAGUCACUUACCAGAGAUGAUAAAACCAAAAUUAUGUUGGUGAAAAAUGAGCAAAUAAUUUUUUGUUUUUGCUAAAUACUUUUUAAGAUUUUACUAUGAUAUGUAAGAAAAUAAAAAGUCCAAUGAAAAUGAACUUCACCAGGGUUAGUAAUGUUGAACAAUUUAGUAGCUUAAGUGUAAAAUUUAUGAACCUGUGGUCUUUGAUUAGUCGUUUUUGUGCCUUUUUAAAAGUGCUUAAAUAAUGACGCUUCAUUCUUAUUGAAAUUGUAGACUCGUUUUUAGUGAGUUUUAUUUUUCAAAAGCCCUGUGCACUAAGGAGACUAAGAUUAUUAGUCCUUUGAUUAUGACAGUAAAAAUUAAAAAACAUUUUUACGUAAAACAUACUAACCUAUUGUUAUGUAACUCAGUUUCAUUUAAGGUGGUUUGAUUCCAUGUUAAUGUGUGACAAGAAGGCUGAUUCUGUUUUAUAGUUAAAAUUUAAGGUGGUUUGAUUCCAUGUUAAUGUGUGACAAGAAGGCUGAUUCUGUUUUAAAUUAAAAUUUAAGGUGGUUUGAUUCAAUGUUAAUGUGUGACAAGAAGGCUGAUUCUGUUUUAUAGUUAAAAUUUAAGGUGGUUUGAUUCCAUGUUAAUGUGUGACUAGAAGGCUGAUUCUGUCUUAUAGUUAAAAUUCAAGGUGGUUUGAUUCCAUGUUAAUGUGUGACUAGAAGACUGAUUCUGUUUUAAAUUAAAAUUUAAGGUGGUUUGAUUCCAUGUUAAUGUGUGACAAGAAGGCUGAUUCUGUCUUAUAGUUAAAAUUUAAGGUGGUUUGAUUCCAUGUUAAUGUGUGACUAGAAGACUGAUUCUGUUUUAAAUUAAAAUUUAAGGUGGUUUGAUUCCAUGUUAAUGUGUGACUAGAAGACUGAUUCUGUUUUAAAUUAAAAUUUAAGGUGGUUUGAUUCCAUGUUAAUGUGUGACAAGAAGGCUGAUUCUGUUUUAAAUUAAAAUUUAAGGUGGUUUGAUUCAAUGUUAAUGUGUGACAAGAAGACUGAUUCUGUUUUAAAUUAAAAUUUAAGGUGGUUUGAUUCCAUGUUAAUGUGUGGCUAGAAGGUUGAUUCUGUCUUAUAGUUAAAAUUCAAGGUGGUUUGAUUCUUUGUUGUUGUGAGUUAAACUAUCCAAAUUGCAAGGGGUAUGUGCAUGUUAUAUAUUUUACAACUUAAGAAGCUAAUUGUAAAUUUGAACACCCCAAUGUGUGUUUAUACUAAUAAUAUUACUAUGGAAACAAAAUUGAAUGUAAUCAUUUCAAGGUUCAAAACGUAAUAGAAUACUCCUACUUCUUAUCUCAGAACACAUUCUUAAGUGUUUUGAGGCUUCUUAAUGGAAAAUUUCCAAAAUGAAACUUGUAUCAUAGGGUGAAAACUAGUGUUGUGUAGUAAAACAUGAGACGAUGUUUGAUAAUAUAAACUGGAAGUAACAAGUGAAACAUUGUUAUUUGGAAGACAUAUCUGGAAUUUUGAGCUAAUAGUAUGUCAUUGAAUAUUACUAGGUUUGGAAAAUGUAUCUAUCAGAACAUUGUUUUGUUGAAAACAUCUUUAGAAUAAUAGUGUGUUCUAAAAGAUUCAAAUAUUAUGAAUGUGUGUGCUGUAAUAUUUUUUGCAUUAGAAAAACUGUGAGUUCGCAGGGGUUUGAAAGAACUUGGAAGUAUGUGUUUAAGAACUAAUGUGUACUUGUGGUUCUGGAGUUUACAUUUUAUAGUUGUGCAUAUAACUUUCUUUAUGUAACUACUUGUUCUGACAUAUUUUAGAUUGUAUGGACUAUGUUUUAGAAUGUAUACAAUUCAGUACUAAAACAUAAAAUUGGUUCUAAUAUUGGUGUAUAAGAAUGUUGUGUAAGCUUCUAGUCUAAAUAGCAGGCUUACAAAUCUCACCAUAUCAGAGUUAUUGUAACCUUCUAAGUAAAAAUUGGAGAGAGAGAUCCUUGUGUGCAAGCCACUUUAAGACAUCUGUUUGCCCAGUAUAGAAUAUGUGGGAAGAAAAAAUCUUUAUUAGAUUUGUAAAUAUAGUAAGUUUCCUUAUAAAUUUAUUUGCAUUGAGAAAAAUACCCAAUAUAUGUUUAGCAAAGAUCUCUUUAAUACAAGACGAAAAAUUAAAUCAUAAAAUUUAUUCUUGAACCUCUUUCUCUGUAGAUUAAAGAUGCAACAGAAAAUUCUAUUAAUGGUGUUACUUUGUAAAUAGACAACCUUGACAAAAUAUAUUUGAAAAACUAAAACACUAGAAAUCUCUCCCCCCCCCAAAAAAAACACCCUUAUUAAGAUUUUCCAUAACCCCUAUGUAAUUGUUAUCCUUUAGUUUUUUUGACAAACAAAUUUAAUGUGUGUAUUAUGAAAAAAAAAAUUAUUUACAGUACAGAGAAAAAGGGUAAUUGUACUAUUUCAGAUAUUAGGUAGUCAUAAUUAAUAUGUGUUAUAAUGAAAGAUUAAGUUGUUUAUCCUGCUUUGGUUUGAAAAGUACUUUAAGAAUAACUUUAUAAUUUAUGCUUAAAAGAAUGCAGCUGUUACUGGUUUAUAGUUUAUUUGGAUGAAAAUAUAUGAAACAUUAUUUAGUUAUACUGGAAGCCUGAUUCACAAUGCAUUUAAGAGUAUCAUGGAUAUAUUUAGUUUUGAAGAACGAGUUCGUUAGAUUUCUGAAAGAUGGUGUACGCAGGGCAUCAGGGUUUACGAGAAAAUGCUUAAAUAAUUCAGGUGUGAUUUCUUGGUUAUAUUCACAAUUUGAGACAAAAGUCAAAUUGUUACAUAUUUAUUGCUUGUCAAAUCUGUUACACUAAUGGAUUGUUUUUAUUGUUGUACAGAAGCAAAUGAAAUAAAUGAAUUAGACUUGUGAAAAAGUA